ACUGCAAAGUCUAAUUCGACACGCUCCUCUCCGAGGGGCUCGCCUCGCCUCCUCCGCCCACGGCUCGUCGAUUCCUCUCUCAUCCAUCCCGCAACGACACCAACAAAAAAACAAACAUCGUCAACAAAAACCUCUCCGCCCAUCCGCUGGAGAACCGAACCUCGAAACCUCUACACACCUCGAGAAGCGAAGCCCACCCACUGCCCUCUCUCUUCGAUAACAUCUUUCAAGAUGGUCUCGACGCGGUCCUCCUCCCGCGCCCUCCCCAACGGCGUUGACGCCUCCUCCCCCUCGCCCUCCGCGUCCCCUUCUCCUUCCCCUCCGCGCGCCCGCACCCGCACCGCCGCCGCCGCCGCCGCCUCAUCCGUCGUCAUCCCGCCCGCCGCCCGCGACAAUGAAUCCACCCCGCCCCGAGGCUGGUCCCACGCGCCGACCCGCCUCACCCUCCUCUGGCUCGCCAUCUCGGUGCCGCUCGUCGCCUGGGACACAGGCUACGUCCUCCUGCGGCCCUGGUCCAUGCCGGGCGGUCACCUCCACUGGCCGCUGUGGGCCCCCUACGCGCUCUACGGCGAGGUCGACCACGUCUACGGCUGGAAGGCCUUCAACGCCCGCAACGGCUUCACCUCGGCCCAGGGCGCCCUCAACGCCGUCGAGAGCGUCAUGUACCUCGCCUACGUAUGGCUGUACUUCUCGCGCGGCAAAGCCGUCGAGGGCGGCCCCGCGGGCAGCGUGAAAAAGACCGUCGGCGGGAGGGCGGGCGGCCUGGCCAUUGUCAUCGGCUUCAGCGCCGCCGUCAUGACGUUGAGCAAGACGGUCCUAUACUGGGCGAACGAGUACUUCUCCGGCUUCGACAACAUCGGCCAUAACCCGUUCAUGGAUCUUUUGUUUCUCUGGAUCAUCCCCAACGGCGCCUGGCUCCUCGGCUCGGGCUACAUGAUGUUUUCCCUGGGCGGCGAAAUCGUCGACGGCCUGGCCCUGGCUUCCAAGACGACCAAGACCGAAUAGAUCCAUAAUCCGACACGCGACGCGCGAUUCGAAAUCUUUCGCCAUGUUUCGC